CAGCCGCUGCCGCGCGGAGCGAUGCUGGCGGGGAGAGGGACCGUCACAGCCCGGCCCCAGCCAACCCACCCACCCACCUUCGGCUGCUCCCGCCCCGCUAGCCAGGCAUGAAGUUGGAGCCAGGGCUGAGCAGCGACCCCCAGCUGCAGUUCGUGGUGGCGACGGAGAAGGAGUUUGAGGAGAUCCUGGCCAUGUCGAAGGGCAUCUACGGGGGCCUGGAUUAUCUCCCCAGCCGCUACCACGCCUGGAUCCGUGAGCCCAACCGCACCGUGGUGCUGGCCAAGAAGAACGGAGCAGUGAUCGGGCUGCAGUCGGUCUGCGUGGUGGACGCCGGAGAGACGGCGCUGGUGGAGGGGCUGCGCGUGGCGCCGUGGGAGAGGGGGAAGGGCGUGGCCGGCGUCCUGCAGCGUUUCUGCACCGAGCUGGUCAAGCAGCAGCACCCCGGCGUCAAGGUGUCGCGGCUGACGCGGGACGACAAGCUGGGCCCCAAGGACUUCAAGAAAUACCGGCUGAUCACCAAGCAGGGCAUCCUGCUGGUGCGGUUCAACGCGGCGGAGCUGCUGGCCCGGCUGGACGCGGCGGUGGCCCAGCUGCGGGCGGGCGGCUUCCAGCCGCUGCCCACGGAGGCCCUGGAGCCGGGCGAGGUGCGGGGCCUGGUGCUGAGCCCGGCCUUCCAGAGCGAGGUCCUGCCCAGCCGCACCAUCAUCCAGGACUGGCAGCCCUACCAGCCCAGCGAGCCCAACCUGGCCCUGCUGCAGCAGAAGCAGCUGCACUGGGUGGUGGAUUGCAAGGCCCAGCCCACGGCCGCCUCGCUCUGCACCCAGCCCUUCCCCAUCCCGCUGGGCGGGGACUGGGUCUACCUCAACAUCGACGCCUUCGGCCGCCACCCCGCCCACCUCAAGAGCCAGCUGCUACACCACCUGCGGGCCCGUCUGCCUGCCCUGCGGGGCAACGUCAUGUGCCAGCUCUUCCUGGAGCCCAGCCUCUGGGGGGAGCUGGCCGAGUUCUGCCGGGCUGGCCUGCGGCUGGAGCUGGCCAAGGGCUACACCGAGCAGUACCUGCUGGAGGCGGAUAUCUAGGGUUAUCGAGGCUCGCCCCCUCCCCGCCCACUUCCUGGUCCUGCAGAAGCACUUUCUGAGCCUUGGUUCCCCCUCCCCACCCCGUUCCUGGCCCGCUAGAGGAACUCCCCUAGGAGAUGUGACCCCCCCACCUGCUUGGCAAGCCCUUGCGACAGUCAGUGGAGCUGAGCAACAGUUGACACGGCGACGCGGCCCAGUGACGGUGGGCACGGUGAUGGAGCCCAGCGAUGGUUGAGGGAGCCUAGCAACAGUUGACAUGGCGAUGGGGCCCAGUGACGGUGGGCACGGUGAUGGAGCCCAGCGAUGGUUGAGGGAGCCUAGCAACAGUUGACACGGCGACGCGGCCCAGUGACGGUGGGCACGGUGAUGGAGCCCAGCGAUGGUUGAGGGAGCCUAGCAACAGUUGACACGGCGACGCGGCCCAGUGACGGUGGGCACGGUGAUGGAGCCCAGCGAUGGUUGAGGGAGCCUAGCAACAGUUGACAUGGCGAUGGGGCCCAGUGACGGUGGGCACGGUGAUGGAGCCCAGCGAUGGUUGAGGGAGCCUCGCAACAGUUGACAUGACAACAGCGCCCUGCACUGGUUGACAGACCCUCCCACAGGCCGCUGGAUCCCUGCGAAGCGACAGUCGCCAUGACUGAUGGAAACCCUUGUACAGGGCUCAGCUCUUCCCUCCUCCCCCCCCAAAAAAACCCGCCUGGAAGCCAGGCCUAGAGCCCCCCCCGCCCCUCUAGUGAUGCCUCUGAACCGAGUGACGUGCAAUAUAGAGUCUCAUAAAUGGAGAUAUAUUUAAAAAGUCGCCUGCAACAAGAGCGUGUCCCCCCCACACUAGCGCUAGAGCCCAUCUCCCCCCAUCCCACCGCUGGAUCCCCUCCCCCCCGCACUACACACUAACUCCCCCCCCGCAGGCUAGGUUGCACCUCCCUGUCCAUAGCUGCUCCCCCCUUCCAGUGCAUUCUCCCCCCAGGAGGUCAGGAGCAGGGAUCCCGCCUCCCUCCCUUGGGGCAGUCACUUGCAGGGUGCCCCCUCACCCCCUGCUUUGGCUUUGCUGUCCCGGGCCGGGCCAAGCCCACAGUAUUAUUAACGCAAGUCUCUGAUCCAGGUUAGAUCAGCAAUCCCCCUUCCCCCCCACACUCCAGGGCUGGCACAGAAUGGGGGGGCUGGGGGCCCUGGUUUAUUUCUGUAACUAAUCCCCCUGGUUACCCCCCAAGCUGUGAUUCCUUCCCCCCGUCUCCAUGUGGCAAUAAACCCCUCU